GGGGCGGAGUUUGCGUUCUCGAUUGUCAAGACUCAAUGGAAAUUUCCAGUCUUUUUGUAGCGUUACUUCAGCAGAGACGGUUGUCUGACUUCUCGGGAAUUAAACAACACCUUAUAUAAAAUAAUAACCACGCGGCAACUUUAGAAUUCCAUUUCACGCGAGGUUCAGUUCUACAUAAUAUCUCAGUCAUCAUGUCUCAGCACCAGAUCAGCCUUCCAGCCAAGCUCAUCAACGGCGGCAUCGCCGGCAUUGUGGGUGUUACUUGUGUCUUUCCCAUUGAUUUGGCAAAGACCAGAUUACAGAACCAACGACAGGGGCAGCAAGUCUACAAAAGCAUGAUGGACUGCCUUGUGAAAACUGUUCGAUCCGAGGGAUACUUUGGAAUGUAUAGAGGCGCCGCCGUUAAUUUGACGCUCGUGACGCCCGAGAAGGCCAUCAAACUGGCCGCCAACGACUUUUUCCGACACCAUUUUGCUAAAAAUGGUCAGGGUCUCACAGUGUUUAAGGAAAUGUUGGCUGGGUGCGGCGCUGGCAUGUGUCAAGUGAUUGUCACAACGCCAAUGGAGAUGCUCAAGAUCCAGUUGCAGGAUGCAGGACGACUAGCCGCCCAGCAACAAAAGCCAGUCAUGGCAUCAGCCGUCAAGCAGGUGGCCACCAACCCGCUGCUUAGCCGCUCGUACAACUCUGGAACCAUCACCGCCAUUGCGGCGCCGCAAACUGUGUCGGCCACGCAGAUUGCCAAAGAGCUCCUCCGAACUCAAGGCGUCCAGGGGCUCUACAAAGGCCUUGGGGCCACGCUUAUGAGGGAUGUCCCCUUCUCAGUGGUCUACUUCCCGUUGUUCGCCAACCUGAACAAACUGGGAAGGCCGAGUCCCGACCAAUCAUCACCCUUCUACUGGGCCUUCCUUUCAGGUUGCACGGCAGGUUCCGCCGCCGCAGUAGCCGUCAACCCCUGUGACGUGGUGAAAACCAGAUUGCAGUCACUUAACAAAGGCUCUGCUGAGGAAACUUACAGUGGAGUUGUAGAUUGCAUCAACAAAAUCCUGCACAAGGAAGGACCAUCCGCCUUCCUGAAGGGUGCCGGCUGCAGAGCACUGGUCAUCGCGCCUCUGUUCGGCAUAGCCCAAGUUAUGUACUUUGUAGGCGUAGGCGAGUACAUCCUGGACAACUCUCCUCUCAGCAUUCUGUCGCCGUGAGAGAUCACUGCUACAUGCAAAGGGGACUGCUCAAAACCAAUAAGGAUUCCUGUGACUGGCAGCUACGUUCUAUCAGUUUACAUCCACUCAAGCAAGAAGGAAGAAGAGUUGUGUUGCACUUGAAACACUUCGGCUUCACUCAUGCUCAACAUCGGCCAGCAUUUGACGGUUGGUUGCUUUGUCGAGCGCGGAGUGGCUGUUACGCCUUUUUUGUGUGUGUGUGUCCUAGCAGCUCUUUUUUCCACCUCCGUGAGGGCGGGAAGAGCUCAAAACUUUCUAUAUUUGUUACUGUGGCACCAGUGAAGGCCACCCAUGAAGCCAUUUUUAAGUGUACAGGGCUUUGUUACCAGCAUGUCAAUGUAAGUCUUCAUGUUUGUUUACCUGUUUUGUCCGGCAUUUUCACAAAAAUGAAAUUACAUCCUGCAGCGAUGCCUUUCCGUUAAAAAUAUUCCUACACUGUACAUGCAACUUUUGGUACUGUGUAUGAUACACAUGUAUUAAAUAAUGCAAUACGA